CGGGCCCCCCCUGUACCGCUACGGCUCCCGCCUCCCUUCCGGCGGCGGCUCCUUCUCGGCGCCGGGGGCGGACGGGGCGCACCGGAGCCGCGCCGAGCCAGCCAGGCCCUGCUGUCCCUGCGAUGCCCAGCCAGCCCCACGAGGUCCUUGUCCCCCUGCGUUAGGUGCUGAAGCAGCAGACUCCUGGUGCUGCACACACCAAGGUGGCCCAGGUCAGCAAGCCCGGACAGCGGUGGAUGAGUGCUGGGCAUUGGCCUAGCCACACGCACACACCGGCACCAUGGACUUCGUCAUGAAGCAAGCGCUGGGCGGGGCCACCAAGGACAUGGGGAAGAUGCUGGGGGGCGAGGAGGAGAAGGACCCCGACGCGCAGAAGAAGGAGGAGGAGAGGCAGGAGGCCCUGCGCCAGCAGGAGGAGGAGCGGAAAGCCAAGCACGCCCGCAUGGAAGCGGAGCGGGAGAAAGUCCGGCAGCAGAUCCGUGACAAGUACGGGCUGAAGAAGAAGGAGGAGAAGGAAGCAGAGGAGAAAGCUGCUCUGGAGCAGCCGUGUGAGGGCAGCCUGACGCGCCCCAAGAAGGCGAUCCCAGCGGGCUGUGGGGAUGAGGAAGAGGAGGAGGAGGAGAGCAUCCUGGACACCGUCCUCAAGUACCUGCCCGGCCCGCUGCAGGAUAUGUUCAAGAAGUAACAGCACCGUCAACCCUGCCAUAGGGUGCUGGGGCACGGGCGCCCUCUCUCCUACAACUCCUCCAUCAGUUCCCUUGGCCCCGGAGAGGGGGGUCCCCACACCCCCUCCCAUCCCCUCCUGCCCUGUCCCCCAACCAGACCAAAAGCCCGCCCCGUCCCGUCCAGGCAGGGCCCCCCCCACCACGCCAAAGGGGAGCAGCCCUGGCCGGACAGGGCGACCCGGGACCAAAUGCACUGAUGUAACCUCGCGGCAGGCUAGGGGCACCCAGGCCCUACCGGCCUCCCCGGGGUGGCUCCUCGUGCCCCCUGCCCUGCCCCUUCUGUUCUCCCAGGGGACCCCAGUAGGCUCUGCUCGCCUGCCCUCGUCCCCAACACUGCCAUCCCCCUUCCCCCUCCCGCCCUGGGCCAAGCCCAAAGCACAAAGCCAGGCGCCCUGCCCGCAGCUCCCCCAUCCCCGGUCGUCGGGCACGGGGGUCCCCCGGGGCUGCCCGGUGUGCUCCUGCAUCGGGGGGUUGGAGGGGACCCCCCUCCCCGCAUCUCUGGCCCCAUAGUUAAAGCCAUAUCAGUUAGACUGCAAUACUUCAGCACCGGGAGGAGCGGGCGCCGCGCUCCGCCAACCGUGUACAAAGGCACG